CAGCCGUGUUGGACAGAACAUCCGCAUGUGCUGUGUGUGUGGUAUACUCAACGGCCAUGACUCGAACCUUGUUGGAAACAACUCAAGUGUGUUUGUAAACCCAACGUGUUUCACUCUUUUGAAGUACCUCUUAAAGGCUGUGGACUUAUUCUUUCUGGAGUGUGGACUUUCUAUAUAGCAGUCCUCCACAUCUAUUCAGUCUUCUCGGGAAAGAAAAAGGUCUGAAUAUUUCUGGAGCCCAUCAAUCACACAGUCUGCUCGCAUGUAUUCCUGCUGAAUAAUAAAGGAAGUGCUUCUGAGAGACUUGAGCUGAGAGAAGCUUUUCAAAUAAGUGGACAUUUAAACACUGGAAGACUAAAAGAACCCUUAGUUUAACUGCACCAUUUCCAAACUGUCUUCUCGCCCCGAAUUUUGUAUGGCAACAACCGUCGACAACACCAGCACCCCUGCCGACUAUCCGACAGCAGCAUGCUGCCCUCGUGAACAGCGACCAACCACAACAUGCAGCACGUCCUCCACUGAAGAAGACUCGCGUGACAGGGGCUACGGAUCGAACGAGGCGUUGAGAAUUUACGAGCGCGAGAUCAAACUAGGAUUGGAGAGGAUGAACAGUGGUACCUUGGAUGAGGCAGACACUGCCAGCUAUCACUCCCUGACCAGCCAAGGAGAUACUGAUGCGCUGAAAGUCCCCUAUGUAAGACCUACUAGCUUUGGAUCAGACAGAGAGGCAGAUACUGAGAGUGCGGCUGAAACCUGCGCUGAUCGACUCAUCAGGGAGGCUGACGAUAUUCUUCAGUCGGGGGAUGGGUGCUCUGCUGGAACGGAGAGCAACGGGUCAAGUUUAACGCUGACUGAGACAGAACUCGAGCAGGACAGCCCCAGGCACACUCCAGCCAGGAAGAGAGGGGUCAGGGGAAAACACAAGGCGAAAGCCCACAAGACAUCAAAGCAGCCCAAACAACCAGCACCAAGUGAGCAAUCCAUUCCCAUGCAACAAGUCCCGCCCAAACCCCACCAAACAACCUCCGAGCCCACACUGAACAUUACAGCCCAGUACCCAGCGCCCGUCUCCGCCCAUUCUUCCACCCUACACCCAGCGGUCAAUGCCCAUUACACCUUGACGCCCCACCACGGCAACGGGAUGGGGAUUCCGCCGUAUUACCACACGCUGGAGCGCAGCGAAGGGGAGGCGGAGACCACGUUUCACGGGACUAACUCCAUGCCUGCUACCAAUGUCAUCACCAACCCUAUGCUGACUACACCAAUGAUAAGUGCAACCAUGCCGAUGAGAGCAAUACCAGCGAUCCCAACAAGUCCGAAUACCAACAACUGUGAGCAAGGAUCGAGAAUGAACAACUUUCAGCCGUCAACUCAUAGACGAGAGGAGACGAUUAUGUCUCCUCAUCCAUACAGUACUAUCAACUCCUCAAGGCAAAAUACAGCCACAAGGGGUUUCUAUGAGUUUCCCCACACCGCAACCCUACCGCCGGUCCCGAGGUUUACCGCAGUCUACAACGACAAGAUACCCAACGGUGCGCCCCCGCUCAAAUACAGACGAGUCACUCAUGCCAAGAACAGCGUCAAGGAUCGCUUCUCAUGGAAAUGCUUUGCGCUUGUCUUAGCAGUUAUUGCCUCUGCCCUGUUAGCAACAGUUAUUUAUUUAGCAGUAGUAAGCAUCUCAUUGAACCAGUGCCAGGUAGAGACAGUAGAAAGUAUUCUAGAUGACUGCAGGUCAACAGCAGUAUCAACCAGUACCCACAGAGUCAUUGAAACAACUACACGCCCUACCACUGCAGUCCAGACUCCCCCCUUACCCACUCAACCAUCCGGCGUUGCCCUCAACACGCCUACUAGAGUCCUCAUCCCAGCGAGUGACUUCUGGGUGGCUGCUCUCCCGGUCAACACCCAGCAGUACGUGCAAUUGAACUUGACCAUACCGCUCCGGUCAAACUUUGCCAUUUUCGGGCAGCGCCGUGCGGCGCCAACUCACACGGAGUAUGACUUUGUGCGGGUUCAUGCCGGGAGCAGGUGGCACGACACGGUCCGCGGCAAGAGAGAUCUCAGCCCUGAGAGAGACGGGAAGAGAAGCUGGUCGAAGCUGGAAGAGGCUGUCAGGAAACAAGAGGAAGACGUCAAGGUCGAGAGGACAAAGAGAUCCAAUGUCUUACCGGAUACGACGCUGUCUUUCAUUGAGGAGAUGGUACCAGGAUUGUGGUUUAUCGGAGUAUACAAUGACGGAGAAGCACAGGAGGAAGUGGUGUUGGAAAUAUCUGACAGAGAUACAUGGGAUGAUGGGCAGCGUUGUCCUCGAGGUUGCAGCAACCAUGGAGAGUGUGUUCUUGGCCAGUGUGUCUGCCAGCCGGCAUACGUUGGAGAAGACUGCUCACAAGGAAUUUGCCCAGUAGUUUGCAGUGGGCAUGGACAGUAUGUACGUGGUGUCUGUGAAUGCUUCAACAACUGGAAGGGACCAGAGUGUAGCGUACGCAGUGACCAGUGUUUUGUACCAGACUGCAGCAGUCAUGGACAGUGCGUGUUGGGCGAGUGCGUCUGCUCUAGGGGAUAUGUCGGACAAGCUUGUGAAGAGGAAGCCCACGAGUGCAGCAACAACACGGACUGCGGCGUCCAUGGACACUGUGAUGUGGGCAUGUGCCGUUGCGAGAAAGGCUGGACAGGAGAGCGCUGCUCGCAGGAGGCCAGUUGUCUCUUACCGUGCUCCCCCCGAGGGCGAUGUGUUGACAACGCAUGCGUGUGUGACCUUGGCUGGAAUGGCAGACUUUGUGGACUUGAGGGUUGUCCGGACGGCUGCAAUGGACAUGGUGAGUGUCAGUAUGUUGACACCAUGUGGCAAUGUGUCUGUACAGGACCCCACCGAGGCAAGGCCUGUGAGAUCACGAUGGAAACAGCAUGCUCCGAUGGACAAGACAACGAUGGAGAUACCCUGAGGGAUUGUCUUGACCCUGACUGUUGUCAGGAUGACUUCUGUGCAACCAGCACACUCUGUACAGUGUCUCCUGAUCCUAGCACUAUCCUCAGUCGCGACUUGACGUCCCUCAUCACCCCACCGCUAUCCUUCUACGAUCGCUACAGGUUUCUGGUAGAGGGAGAUAGUGUACAAACAGGAGCUAUGCUGGACAAUGUGAAUCCGAGCCACGUAGCUGUUAUUCAUGGCAGACUGGUGGGUGAGAAUGGUGGACCCAUAGCCGGUGCCCAAGUACACGUAGAGGACCAGACAACAUUAGGCUACACCUAUACCAGACAAGACGGAAUGUUUGACCUCAUGGUCCAAGGCGGAGGGUCAAUCCGUCUAGUCCUUGACCGCCAGCCCUACCACCAAGCCGUCAAAUCCAUCUACGUCCCGGUACAGCAGUUCAUCCAUGUUGAUGACAUUACGCUGUCGGCGACCACCAAUGUCGGUGCCGAUGCCGACAUCUUUCUCGGGAGGGACGGAGAGGUGUGCGCUGGGGAGGAUUUCCCGCUGCCGGUCUUCAAGAAAGUCGUGACUGUCGGUAGCGAUGAGGGGAUGUGUCGUGAGGAAGGAUUCUCAGUGGAUCAGAGGGCAAUUCAUGAACAAGUCCCCAUCUCCGGCACCACACUGACCCUUGACUACUUCAGCCACCACGGCCUGGGCCAGACCUCUAGAAUCACAGUCAAGCUUACCCCACCCACCCUGCCGAUGGGUCUUGAGAUGGUACACGUCAGCAUCAGCCUAGAGGGAAGAGUCUUCAAGGAGACUCUGCUACCAGAGGAAGGGAUGGAGUACACUCUGAGUUGGGACGGCAGGAAUGUGUAUGGACAGAUGGUGUAUGGAAGGGCUGUUGCAAUGGUAUCUGUUGGAUACGAGUAUCAAGGUUGUCAUCAUAUCAUCUGGAGGAAGCAGAGGAUGCCAAUAGAUGUAGCAGAUUGGGGCUCCAUGGACCUAGGGGGAUGGCAGCUACCUGUACAUCACAAUUAUAACCCUGAAAAAGGUAUUCUGAGUCUUGGCAACGGUCAGCGAGUAUACUACCAUGCCCAGCCUGCAUUUAUCCGGUCCAUCAUGGGUAAUGGACGACAGCGUAGCGAGGACUGCUCUUCAUGUACAGGCCGGGCCAAGAACAACCGUAUGCUGGCCCCCAUGGCCCUGGCCACCAGCCCCCAGGGAGACGUUUACGUCGGUGAUUACAACUUCAUCAGAAGAAUUGAUCAGUACGGAAAUGCGACAAAUAUACUUCAGUUGAGUUACAUCCCUUCAUACAAGUUCUACCUCGCAGUCAGCCCUUUGACAGGCGCCCUCUAUCUCUCUGAUGGACAGACUCGUCAGAUUUAUAAGGUCAGGAAUCUGGAGAACAUUCCAAACAUCUCCAGUAACCUAGCCCUGAUCGCUGGUACCGGGUCUCCCUGUCUGCCAGCUGAUCCAGAUGGAUGUGGCGAUAACAGAGCGGCCACCGAGGCAAAGCUAUUGGACCCUAAAGGCAUUGCUGUGGGCAGAGAUGGCACAAUCUACUUUGUUGAUGGAACUGUGGUUAGAAAGAUCCAAGAUGGCAUCAUCAGUACGCUGAUUGGGUCACACUCCGUGGUUGGUCCGACCAGACUUCCUAAAUGUACCAGCUCCAUGUCCUUCGAUCAGGUUAAGUUACAGUGGCCUACGGAUAUCGCAGUCAACCCCCUUGACGAUUCCGUCUAUGUGAUUGACGAAAGUGUCAUCCUGCGUAUCAGUACAGACGGUCUGGCCUCAGUCAUCGCAGGUGUGCCCCACAACUGCCCCUUCAACGGCUCCCCGCAGUUGGGUCCUUCCAACGAGGAUCACAUCAUUAGUGGGAUCCAGUCGGGACCAAAGCUUGCCACUCAGGAAGAACUCAUGGAUCCACGCGCCAUUACCUUCUCCAGCACCGGGGAUCUCUUCGUCGCCGAGACAGACUAUCUUCAAUUCCACCGCGUCCGUCGCAUCACCACCGAUGGCAUCAUCUCUUGGUACGCUGGUCGGGAUUCCGAAUGUGAUUGUCGGGACUCUGAAUGCGUCUGCUUCAACCAGGAUCAGCUCUUUGCCGUUGAUGCCAACCUCAACAUCCCCAUUGCACUGGCUGUCGACUCCAACGAUGACCUCCUCAUCGCUGAUCAGGGCAAUCUUCGCAUCCGGAAAGUCACCCUGGAUAUACCUGAACUGAUGGAGGAGAAUAUCUAUGAGCUGCCCUCACCAGAUCGGCGCGAGAUCUACCGCUUCAACCAACGUGGCUUCCACCUGACCUCCCGUGAUACCCUGACUGAGCUGGUGUCGCUUAACUUCACUUACGACAGUAACAUGAAGCUUAAGUCCAUCUCUGACGGACCUGGGACGGAGUUGUCGAUAGCUCGUGAUGAAUCCGGUGCACUGUUGAAACUGGUCCCGUCCAGUGGGGAUAGCGUGGAGUUGACUCUCAAUGAGAAUGGUAUGUUGACGAGGAUUGCCAAUGGUGAUGGUAGUCAAGUUACCAGACUGGGGUAUCAUGAGGAUGGAGCAGGCCUAUUGAUGUCCAAGUACAGUGGGAAUGUGCUGCAACAUGUCUAUGAUUAUAAUGACCAGGGACUUUUGGAAAAAGUAACAUGGCCCACAGGUCAGGUCACCAAACUGAGAUCUCGCACCAACGAUUCCCACUCCAUCGUCGAAAUGACUGAGCCAGGAAGUGCUAACUUCAUCAGCUCUACAUUGCAGCAUGCUUGGCUUACUGAGCAGACACUUCUACAAGCUGACCUGAUGGCGACGAUCAUCCAGUCCCGUCACGACGGCCAGUUCUCCCUGAGCUACCCUAACGGUGUCAGCGUCCUGCUGGAGAGAGACUCUCAUCCUGUGUACGAGGACGACCCGUACGCUGUCAUGACAAAACGUAAGAUCAUCCUACCAGAGGACCUGGUCAACCGGCUGGAUUGGCGAUUCUACGGCCGCCGGGGAGGUUUGGAUAGGAAGAAGAUUCUGAUCAUUGGCAGGAAGCUUAGAAUCAACGGGGAGCAAGUCUUCACUCUGGAGUACAAUCGCUACACCAAGAAAGAGACCCUACUGAAUGCGGACGGCAUCCCGAUACUCAUCAUCACCCACAAUGAAGCAGGACUUCCCAUCGAGUGGCGCCCAAAUUACCCCAUGGAGGUGACCAAUGCGACCUAUGACCCCUACGGCAGGAUGACCCGCUGGCAGAGGGGGUUGAUGUUUGAGGCAUUCUUCUACGAUGUGGAGGGACGAUUGAUUAGUCGUCUCCAUACAAACAACAGCCUGUGGAGUUUUGGAUACGGCCGAGCUGCACAGCCAUCUGAAGUCACUCUACCAGGAGAGCAGCACUACACUAUGCAAUACGACAACUCUGGCAACCUCCAGAUGGUUACCAUGCCGUCCGGAAUUAGCCAUAAUGUUAAAACCAUCGUCUCACCGGGCUACACCCGAAACAUUUACUCCAGUGAUGACAAUAUACCCUGGGUGAUGCAAGACCACAGCCAAUCAGGUAACCUGCUGAGUACGUUCUUUCCCGGUACCGGGCGGCGCGUGACGUACCUCUACGACAACAAGGACCGCAUGGCCGAUGUCAUCUUUGGAGAGACAUCUGUUGAGUACAGUUACCAUGGUAACUCCGACCAGGUCAAGACCAUUGAGCUGCAGCAGGGGAAGUUCCGCAACUCGAUGCGCUUCAAUCACAAUGGACCCCUGGUGGAACAGAUGCUGGUGCGCACUACAGGGUUUGAAGGAUUAAUGCACGCCCGGUUUGAUUACGUCUAUGAUGCUACCUUACGAGCAGCUUCCAUCGCGGCGGAGUUCAACACCACAGUUCUGCAUCUUAAGGAGUUGAUAUACGAUGGUGAGACGGGACGCGUCAAACAGAUGGGGUUCUUCUCUGUGACUUACCCGGAUGCUGUGACGCACACCAUCGCCGACUCUUACCUGCAGUUGCGGAAACAGUAUGGUACAUACGCACUGCUGCAGGAUGUUAGUUACCAGCUUGGCGGAGUGGGUACCAUCGUCAGUAUGUCGCUCCUUUAUCAUGCGACGGGGCGUAUCGCCCGGUGUAUACUCACCAACACUGAGGAUACUCAUCAGACAGAUUACAAAUUUGAUUCCAACGGUCAACUCAAAGAAGUCUGGGUGGACCAACGUUUGAUGUGGAGUUACACGUAUGAUGAGAACGGCAACAUCGCCUCCAUCAGUUACCAGGGUUCCAUCAAGAUGCUACACUACGAUGACCAGGAUCGCAUCAUCGGGGUGGGGACCGUGGACUACCAGCUUGACAUGGACGGUGUCCUAUCCCAGAGGGGAGAGGAGAUCUUUGAGUAUAACUCAAACUGUCUGCUGAUGCAUGCUUACAAACCUCGCAUGUACGAUGUCCGCUACAAAUACGACGGUAUCGGUCGCCGCAUCUGGAGGAAAGACCACACCGGCCGGCAGGUGCAGUUCUUCUACGGUGACAUCACAAACCCCACGCGUGUUACACACAUCUAUGACCAUUCGGCACGCGAGAUGACCACGUUAGAGUACGACCUCCAGGGUUUCCUGUUUGCGCUUCGUCAGGGUCAGACCCAGCUGUACGUCACGUCGAAUCACGUCGGCUCGCCCCUCUCCGUCUUCAACGAAAAUGGUGAGAUCUUGAAGGAGAUCAAACUGGAUCCUCUUGGACUAGUCCUAAGUGAUUCCAACCCGGACUUCCUCUUACACAUUGGGUUCCAGGGCGGCAUCUACGACCCCAUGACCAGGCUGGUACAUUUUGAUCGAAGAGAUUAUGAUCCUUUGAGCGGCCGCUGGACCUCUCCGGAUCUGAAGUUCUUCAAGGAUAUCACACAGACGUCGCGGACAAAAGCCUUCAAUAUGUACACGUUCAGCGGGAAUAUCUUUGUUGGGAGUGACACAGAGAGCCAUUACCUGUCAGAUCUUUGGAGUUGGUUCCCAGUGCUUGGAUAUGACAUCAACAAUAUGAUCCCACAGUUGAAUCGAAACGGACAGAUAGAGAAGGUUGAUUCCUACCGAUCGCCAUGGAAGGAUAGCGCCAUAGCAACCUCGUGGGCAAAGCCGUCUACUGCAUUGGACUGUCAGGCUGGUCUCCACAUGGACUUAAUGUACACCAACUUCAAAGCUCUCCCAGUAGACCAUCUUGCCACCGACUCCAGAUCCACCUCCAUCCCCCCCGUGGAGUUCACAAGUAGCCCCGCCCUCAUCGGAGGAAACGUCUUGCUCACCUUGGGGCAAGACAAAAUCGCAGUUGAGGCCUUUGGACCCAUCGGAGAUAACACACAGAAACUUAUUUCCGUUGUCAGCGGAGCAGAAAUCUUGCAGAGAUUGCGCCACACUGAGAGCGGACGAGAUGUCAGAUACUUCAUGAAACCAAACGAUGCGGAGGAGGACCUUGAUACCUUGGAUCUCAUCCCGGAGGUUGCAAGUCUAAACAUGUUCUUGGAGGAUGGCACGAUGGUGAUUGCAGCGAGGUCUUCACCUCAAGCUAACAUCACUAUCAUUACGCUGCUCACAGAACACAUUACCUGGAAGAUCAUGUACGGCGUAACGUUAGACGCUGCCAGGACCAUGGUGCUAUCACAGGCUAAGGAAAUAGCCAUAGCGCAAGCUUGGCGAAACGAAAGGAUGAAGAUUGUGAACAGUCGCCGAGGCACGAUCAACUGGACCGCCUCGGAGAGGGAUAAUAUUUUUGAAAAUGGCUUCCUCACGGGGUACGAAGGUCACUACGCGUUAGACCCAGAGGUCUUUCCCGAGGUAGCAUUUGAUGGUAAUGCCAUCACGCUUCUCAGAGUGCCUGAAAGUUUACAGUCACCAGUCUGAAGCAGAUGGACUACAACAAAUCAAAGAAAGAGAAACAUUAAUGUCUUUCCGAUUAAAGAACUGCUGUUUUAUGAACAAGCUGAAGCCAAAAAGUCUUCCUGCUCCCAGCAGUUUCCCAACAGCCUAAAUAUUGUGUGACAACGUUUAGGAUGUUGGGCUGUAUUUAAUGUCCACCGGUAUGCUUUUAAGAGUGCUUCCAAGAAGUAAAAUUGGUAUUCUUCUACAUUUCUUUGCUGACGUUUGCCAAGAUUCCUGAAGUCUGAAUGAUGAUACCAGAAGUACGAAAUGAGAUAUACUUUAUAUGCAAACUCUUAUUUGGAGGGAGCAAAGAUGCAAAACCAGAAAUGGACUGAGUCUGUGCUCUCAAGAAGAGAUCUCAGUUACUUUAAGAACUUGAUAUUUAUUGGAGGAUUUUGGUGUCGUCAGUCACUUAUUAAUGGAGUAACUUGCAUAGCGAAGGUUCCAGACAAACCCAAUGCAGGCAUGCCCAAUAUUUACCUUCUGCUAUCUGUUUGUUGUUGUCGUUUUUGUUUGUCCCAGAAGUUGAAUGAAAUAACAGAUUGGGUUUUGUUUAAGUGGUUGAAACCACUUACAUGCACACAAACAAUUUAAACCGGGACCCAAUUUUAUAAAGCUGUCGAUCUAGCUUAACUGAAACAGGUCACUACAAUGUAAAGUUUAAUUGUUUGUGACUGGUUCCCUUCUAAAUUUGGCUCAGCAGUAAAAUUUGCUGAGCAUAAUUUUCUGCUAAACAGCUUUCUGAAAUUGGGCCUGGGUUACGUGACUUCCAAGAUUGAUAGGUUUUGUGCAAGACGCAAGAUUUUGAAGAUUUUGAAGGGAGGAAGAUUAUAUAAGUAUCUGGUAAUUCUUGGCUGAAAAGAAAAUCCCUGUUAUGCCUGGAUAAAAUAUGAUGUGCCAUAUUAAUAAUAUAAUGAAGUAUAUUAAAUUAAAACAAGUAACAGUUGUAUGUAGCAUAAUUAUCAAACUAAUGUUAAUAAAGGUUAAACAGAUCUUUUUGUAAUAAUUUUUUUACAUAUGUAUAUAUGUAUUAUAGAGAGUGGACAUUUUCCGGAAGAAAUCAUGGAGAAGGAGAUCGUGAUUUUCAAAAUAUGUGAAUAUAUUCAAUUAAUAAUGUGUAAUAAAUCUAAUUCGUUGUUAAUUAAUUAAUUAUUAAUGCAAUGAUGGGAAGCAAGUUUUGUAACUUAUUGCCACCCUCUUUUGUGGAGUAUUUUUUCAAGUAUUUGCUCCUGCUUGUUAGAAGUGGCAAAAUAAUGAUGUAAAAAGAGCUACAAACUUGUACAGAAACUCAAGUAUGAUAUAGUGUAAUAAUGGUACAGCAUUCUUCUCUGUUUAAAAAGGGACAACAAAAGAUAAGAAGAUAUGAUGUUUUCAUAUUAUUAUCAAUCAAAACCUAUGUCAAAAUUGAAAUUAAAGUCUGCAAACAAAGACUGGAAAAUGUUUUAAAAAAAGAGAAAAAAAAUUGUUUAAAAUAGUUCUUUAAUCAGAAGCUGGAUCUUCUAAUCCCAGUAGUUUCAACCUUUUUGUUUCAUGUAUUCAAACAGCAUUUGGACUAUUUUAAACAAGCUUUUUAAAAGAAUAAUAUUGUUUUAUGGUAUUUAAUAUAUAUACAUUUUGUAAGAUUUCCCUCAUGGUUUAUCAUUGUGAAAAUGAUAUUCACAAAUUGCCUGACAAUCAUUUUUGAAAGAGAUUUCAAAAACUGCUUUUUGUUUUUAGAGAGUUUACUUUCAAACUUUUUAGAUAAUAGCCAGUUUUGUUAUUUUGACUGAUGUUUUAAUUGAGUAAAGUAUUAUCUAUUUAGGCCUAGGAUAUUUCACAUAGCCCAGACAAACUUACACAAGAGGGAAAUAUUUUUUAAAGUUGUUGAACUUGUGGUGCUAAAGACCUUAGUAUUAAUCACUUCCUGUAUAGACCAAUUUUGUACAGACCAAUUCACCUGAUAUCAUUUCGGGUUCCCUCGAUAAAUUCCAUCGUACGCAAGAGUCUCCUUCAAGUUCAACGUUUCAACUUAGUGUACCCUAGAUUCUCUGUGACUGUUCCUUAAAGAUUUUACAUCUUUAAACUUUAUCAUCCUCCACUAUUUUUCUCUUGAUGAACACACUCAUUGAAUCCUUAUUUUAGUGGUUUAUUAUUCAAAUUACUUACAAUCUUAAGGCAAUCUUCUUCGUCUUCUUCUUCUUCUUCUUCUUCUUCUUCUUCUUCUUGGUCCAUAGCCUGCUAUUUACUGUGAUACAUCUCUACAGUCAACUUGUCGGCAAUUCCUUAAAACAAACAAAAACGCUUGAAACAGUUUUCUCUAAAUAUAAAUGCUUGUAAUGUUUUGCUAUGAUGUACGCUGCGUUAUAUACUAUGAAAGGGGGACUGUUUCUUUCACGUAAUAAACCACAUGGGAAUUUGACAGGGUAAAUUUGAUAUAACUUUGGAUAACAAAAAAA